UUUUCAGCUGAUCGAUCUAAGGCUUUCUUUCAUUGGCUCGUAGUCGUUGCCAGAACUCACAGAGCGACACAACCAUAGUCUUCAAACAGGCUCCAAAAUCAUUCCAAAGAGUAUAGAUGGGCUUGCCAAAGAGAGAUAAAAUUAUGAAAAUUUGUCAAAGGGGUGUAGGUAUUUCAAUUUCUGAGUGUUUUUAUAUACCUUGGAUUUCUGGUUUGGACUAGGGGCUCAAUGCUGCUUUCCUUCGGUAAAUAGUGAUAAUCAAAUUGACUAACGCUGGGCAGUAUCAUGCACAGAAGACAAAGAGGACUGUUAAAGCUGGUGGCCACUGCCGGGUUGGUGGGCAGUGUGUACGCGUCACUGAGAGCCAAUGACUGGGACCUGCAUGCCAUUGGCCUGGUCAGGUUUGGCAGAGCAGCCAUCACAGUGGGUCAGAUCAGCUGGGACUACCAGCGCUCUCUGUACUGGAGUGGUCUGGUGGCCGGCACUGCAGAGUAUGACCGGCUCAAGUCGGAGGUGCACCAGCGGGGCGCCGACCGACUGCUGCGGCUCUGCUGCGCCAACAGGGGCUGCUUUAUCAAAGUGGGACAGCACCUGGGCGCCCUGGACUACCUCAUUCCGGCGGAGUACGUACGCACGCUGCGGAUUCUGCACUCGAGGGCGCCGCAGACACCGCUGCACGAGCUGCUGGCACUCCUCAGCACCGAGCUCGGCGUCAAGGCGUCAGACGUGGUCGCGGAGGUGGACCCGGAGCCGCUGGGCACCGCCUCCCUGGCUCAGGUCCACCGGGCCCGGCUGACGGACGGCUCCACGGUGGCGCUCAAGAUCCAGCACCCGACCGUGCUGGCCAACUCGUUUGUCGAUAUGAAGACCAUGGAGGUGCUAGUGCGGCUGGUGGCCUGGGUGUUUCCCGACUUUGAGCUGAUGUGGCUGGCAGAAGAGACCAAGAAGAACCUCCCGAGGGAGCUUGACUUCAGUCAGGAGGCCAAAAAUGCCGAAAGAGUCGCCGACAUGUUCAAACACUUCGCCUGGCUUCGGGUCCCCAAGGUUCGCUGGGACCUGACGACGUCCCGUGUGCUCACUAUGGAGUACUGUGACGGUGGCCAGGUCAACGACCCCGACUACCUGCACACACACGGUAUCUCGCCCCGUGAGGUCUCGCAGAAGCUCGGAAAACUCUACUCAGAAAUGAUAUUCGAGAAAGGGUAUAUUCACUGCGAUCCACACCCGGGUAACCUGCUAGUUCGCAAAAAUGACGGAGGCAACGUGGAGAUUGUACUACUCGACCACGGCCUCUAUACGACUCUCCCUGACAAACUACGCUGGAGCUACAGCCGGUUCUGGCUGUCGAUCCUCUCUGGUGACCUGGUCAGCAUGGAGCGGGAGGGCGGCCGGCUGGGCGUGGGCCGGCUGUACGGCCUGCUGGCCUGUAUGGUGGCGGGACGGAGCUGGCAGGCCAUCACCACCGGUCUGGACAAACAGAAACUCACCGAGGCAGAGGAGGGUACCAUUAAGGAGGAGGUGAGUCGCUACCUACCAGAGAUCGCUGCCGUCCUCAACAAGGUGCCCCGCGAGCUGCUGCUCAUCUUCAAAACCAACGACCUCCUUCGAGGCAUCGACUACAGCCUUGGCACUAAGGGCAGCAUGACGUCGCUGCUGACGAUGUGCGAGUGCUGUGUGCGGUCCGUGUACGGCGAACGGUACCAGCGCUGUGAGAGCACUCCCGGUCGGCUGGCCGUGCUCGCCACCCAACACUGGACGCUGCUGAAAAUCAAAAUAUAUGAGGUGUACUUACGAGUGCUACACUCACCACUAGGCCAGCGGCUGGCCGAACUGUGGUCGGGCUGGGGCAGUGUCCGGUCGCCGCUCUACCAGCCCGCUGUGAUACCCGAGGCCUGACCCGGUGUAGUGACCUAGAACACUGAAGAGCGACUGUACGAUGGGAGACUGGUUAGGCAUGACUAGACAAAUAAGUUAGACCGAGGGUGAAGUAGGAGCCCGUAGUCGAGGAGCCCGACAGCGGACUGGUUAGACACAGAGUCUGAUGGUGAACUGGUUAUAGACGGACAGGGAAACUACUUGACGACGUGUUGAUAGGGUAGUCGGUUCAGCAGAGCGGGGUUUCCACUGGGCGAAGGAUAGAACAGUUUAAUGCGCUGCCCGCUCGCUGUCCCAAUGCAGCUGUUUAGGCGCGUGGGUGGUGGCGAGCUGUUAUACUCGUGGCGAGUGGUGGUUAGAAGCUUUGUAAGGGACAGAGUGGAUCGACUGGCAUUGCCCUUGUUGUUAAAGCUGCAUAAUUUUAUUUAUGUUCGGAUGACGAAUGAAUGAAUGUUUUAGAAUCAUUAUUGGUGAGGGUGUGUGCUGUGAAGUUUGUAGAUUUUCUGGGCAGUAAUCGGAACGAGUCGCGGUUGAGCAGCCUGACCGUAUUUCGACGGCGUGGUAGGACAUUGUGUAAAGUGUAAACCGUAUACAGUAUGGGCAAUCGACAGCUGUAGCUCGCUUUGUCUUCAUCUUAGGGCAGUUCCACGUUGCGUGCCUCAGAAUUUGUUCAGUGCAAUCCUUCAAGGCACGCCAUUUACCGAUCGGUGUGGCAUCAUCGAUUCGAAUAGUGCCUUACUUUUAAAGUUCUUUUAAAAGUUUAUCGUCAAAGAUUAGGUGGCGGGUGCCCUAGCCCGGAGUGACCGCUGAGGCGCCGGUAGUACCAAUUCAAACCACAGCGGACCGGUGAUGCCUCGGGGACGCUAUUAGUAGUUCGGCUAUGUCUGACAUUGGUGCAAUGGAAGAUAGUAAUUGGGCAGCUCCCACCGAUAGGCCAGCAUAUUUUCUUGUUGGUACUUAUUCGCUGCUUUUAUUAGGUGUCAUAGAUAUAUUUGCAGUUAAUUUAAUACGUCUACCUCAGGGAUGCGAUUUACGAAUAUAUGAUUGUUGUUGGAAGCCGACAGCCCCAUCAUCCUAUCGGAUGUAUGAUGUCAGACCUCUAUCAUCAUUUUAUAUCUGCUUUGUGAUGUAGCAGGUCCUGUUGCUAUUGUUGUUAGUUGCGAGUGAUUGAUGAGGUUAUGUGAAGCGACUUGCGAUCGAUCGAUGAAACUGCAUAUGGAAAUGCUCAAUCUGUCAUUUUACUGGUCUGCUGAGCCGUUCCCUACAGUGCAUUGUUUGUGGCAUGAUAAUACAUAGAAUUUUCCGUGCCUAA